AGCGGGCGGUUUGAGAAGUCGCUGUUUAGUCGCUAUACAGGUAGAGUAAAAAAAUAACGCCGUUUCAAAUCUUUGAACUGACCAAUAGGGUUGAAGUGGGCGUUAACCCCGCAAGAUUCAACUGUCGGUGUUUUGGUCGGUGGCGUGCAGGCGAUACGCUGCUGAAAAACAAUAGAUAAUAAACGAAUUUAAUCAAAGAGCAUGGAAAUAACGGAUAAAGACGCGUCAGAACUUUCCCGAACAGCGAUACGCAAGCAGAAACUUGCAGAAUAUCUGGCGGCGAAAGGCAGGUUAAAAGCACCCAAUCCAAAGCCUUAUCUAAAGAACAAUGCUAUGCUGACGAAGCCCCCAGGAGCUGAGCAGAAAUCUCACGCUUCUGGACAAGGAAAGGAGAACUCAGCCCCGAGUGCCAUGGGUGUCAAAAAAGACAUACCAAAAGGAAAUGCACUGGCAGAGAAGAACAAAAAUGUAAGAACCCUCCCCAAAGCCCCUUCUGCUGCUGUUCCACGCUUACCUAGCAACUCCACUGUUUCCCAAACAGCCUCUCAGCAGGCAAGAACAUGCUGCAAAGACACAGCUCGUACAGUUAGAAAUCCUUCUGUCAAUCAACAGCAAACCAGACCAGCUCUACACACAAAUGUCACGGCUCACAAGCAAGACAAGACUGUUAAGAAGGGUCCAGCAUCUGUGUCUAUCCAAGCACAACCUCUGUACAGGUCUUCAAUGAAUGCAAAUACGAGCAUUGUCAAGAGAGACCUUCAAAAAAAGCCUUUGAUCACUGGUUCAGAAAAGGUAGUGCACAAAUCUCAGGUCAAAUGUCCCACAAUGAAAAAACCCCUAACCAACACUGUUCCAAGUUGUACAGACACAAAAUCUUUCAUUAGUAAACAGGUCACAAUGACGCUGAAGACAUCUAAGGAAACUAACAAUUUCAAUAAAACACACACUAAUCUGAAGAAACCACUGAAUAGGUAUCCAUUAGCAAAGCCAGACAGGCCAGGAAAGACACAAACUGGUUCCCAAGAUACACAAUUAUCAAACAAAGUUGGAAAUAAACCAAGGUUCACUCACACACAAAGAAGUGUUCCAGUCACAUCCAGGCAACGAUCAUCUCUCUUGCCGACUAUUUCUAAAAACGAAAACGCUUUGAAACCAACCAGUAUUCCUGUGGCAGGUGUUAAAAUAACAGCUCCACAUCAACAGCAACGGCACCUCACAUUUAAACUUCCCUCCAAGCCAACUGUUCAAGCGUCAGUGCCACAGACUCUUCCACGCCCAAAGAAGACAUCCAGCCUGGCCAGGGGGCCUGUGCAGCUGAAGACUCCCAAAUCAACAUUCAGUCCUGGGACAGAUGGUGUCAGGACUGUCCCCCUGGAUGAAAGAAACAAACCAACAACUGCUCAAGAAGAGAGACUGCGUAAACUUAAAGAGUGGCGAGAGGCAAAAGGCAUCACAUAUAAACGUCCGCCGAUGCCUGUGCAGCCAGCGAGGAGGAAGACGACCGCUCUUCCUCCUCAGGGAUACUGGAGUACAAUAGAACAGGAGGAUGAGGUCCACGGCUUUGUCUGCGCCGUCGACCAGUCUCUGAGCGAUUGCAUCAAACUUCUUCAGCAGGGGUGUCCUGUAGACCAGGUACGAGAUGUUCUGUCUCGGGUGCCAAUGGCACAUAAAUUUGCUAAAUACUGGAUCUGCCAGGUGCGCUUGAUGGAACAAGAAGGAGAUCUUGAUGUGUUGUCGACAUUUGAGGAGGCUGUUCGUGUAGUCCGAGAGCCUGUUGAUGAACUCCGCUCUGUGGUUUUUGAGAUCCUUAAGAAGAAAGAAGCAAAAGGUUCAUGUUCAGAGAGAGAGAAUGAUGUAUGCAGCGGUGAAGAUGGGGAACACAGUUUCAACGCGUGCACUCCUAAACCUGUCGGCGCACUGAUCCGUGGAGAGAAAAGAGACUCGUCUGUAAUAAAAUAUAAGAUCACGGCUACUCCUGGUGGGAAAAGGAGCCAGCAGAGGCCAGGGCGUGUUAAUGGCCACGAAAUCCGUUUCUUCACACCAGUACGCCGUUCCGUACGUAUUGAGAAAACGGCCUCCCAUUACCCGUCAGUCCUGCAGGAGCACGACCCCUGUGUGACUUCUCUUCAUGAACUCUUGGCUGAGGAUGAAGGCCAAAGUGAGCUCACACGUACAGUAGAUUCAACAAUCUCUCCGCUCUACGUGUACCGAGAGAAUGAAGCCCUGAAGGAGCAUGUGCAGAUUCAACUGGUUUAUGAUGAGGUUGAUGCAUCAUGAAGCCCUGAAGGAGCAUGUGUGGAAAUGCAGCCGGCUUAUAAUGAUGAUGUAUGAUGAUGAACAUAAAAUUCCAUGAUCACCUAAGGGAAACUCUUCUUCCUUUUUUUUUUUUUCAUUAACCAUGUAUGUCAUCAGUUUCACUGUUGUGAAAGUGGAACAUGCUUUUUCAGUCUGGAGAAAAAAGUAUGAAAGAUGUGACUCAAAUAUUUGUUCAGACUGUAGUGUGCCAAACAGUGAUAAAGAAGACAUUCCUAAUAUAUUUUAAUCUUUCAUAAAAGACUACGUGACUACGGCUUAAAUUGUAGCAAAGAGAGUCUUUUUUUUUGCAAGUUCCUGAGUAUAGCUCAGACGUUCUUACCCAUUUCGUUUCUAUUCAUUGACACAGGUUAGUCUUUUUUCUGUUUUUUAUUUUAAUAUUAAAAUGAAAUUUAAGCAACAGUAACAUGGCGAUAUUACUCCAGUGACUGUAAACAUUGUAUUUGGAAGUACUUACAGAACUUUAAAAGAUCAUAAAAUGAUUUAUCAGAACAUAAAAGAACAUAAAAGACCACACACACCAACCAGAGAUAAGAGUAACCAGUGUCACACACCCAUAUGGGACAAACCUGAAGCAACAUUAGUCACUUGUUAAUUCCUUGAGUCUGUCCUGAAGAUAAAACAGAGAACAGGAUGUUAGAUGUUUGUGUAAGUGGCUCUGGUAGGCUCCAUUUGAUUGACCUUUUAGUGAUGUAUAUUUAUAAUGUACACUUCCAGAAUAAAAUAAAUAUUUUUUUUGUGGUAA